AUGUCUAUCGGUGUACCCAUCAAGCUUCUUCACGAAGCACAAGGUCAUAUUAUUACGCUGGAGUUAAAAACCGGCCAACUCUAUCGCGGAAAGCUGCUGGAAGCCGAGGACAAUAUGAAUAUUCAGUUAAAAGACAUUAUGGUGACCAAUCGUGAUGGACGAACAUCGCAAUUGGAUCAAGUUUAUAUUCGCGGUUCCCACGUUCGAUUCUUCAUUGUACCUGACAUGUUAAAGAAUGCGCCCAUGUUCAAACGAGUCGGUCCAGGCGCUCUAAAGGGCCGAGGUAUCGGUCUAGGCAGAGGAAGAGCAACAGUUGCGCGUGCUCAAGGUGAGCGAUUCAUUGCUUUAGGGUCUGCUACUUUGAUUGACUGA